UGGGCUGCCUCUCAGAGCUCGACAGGUGUGGUGAGAGACAAACAAAAAAAAACAGACACAGAGAAGAGAAGGAGGAGAGGGAGAAGUGAACUGGAAUAAAAAGAAAUACGGGUGGAGUGAAGAUAAAGCAGUGUUCUUGCAUCCGGUGCUCACUGUGACCACCAGUUGACAGAAACGAACCAUUUUGUGGAUCAAUUAGAGACAUCACAGGUGGACAUUACAAGGCAGAGAGACAGAAACAAAGAUGGCUGAGGCCCCGAAGAUUGAACUCUUCGUUAAGGCCAGUGUUGACGCUGAGAGUGUGGGGAACUGUCCCUUCUCCCAGAGACUCUUCAUGAUUCUUUGGUUAAAAGGAGCCAACUUUACCCUCACCACCGUGGACAUGAAGAGGGCACCUGAUGUGCUUAAGGCUUUGGCUCCAGGCUCUCAGCCUCCCUUCCUCCUUUACAAUGACGAGGUCAAAACUGACACUAACAAGAUUGAGGAGUUCCUGGAGGAGUCCUUAGCCCCACCACAGUAUCCAAAGUUGUGCUGCCGAUACAAAGAGUCCAACGGUGCCGGGGAGGACAUCUUCAGAAAAUUCUCAGCAUAUAUAAAGAAUCCCAACCCUGGGUUAAAUGACAUGCUAGAGAAGAAAUUUCUUUCAACUCUGGUGAUGCUGAACAUGUACCUAGAGACUCCUCUUCCUCAUGAGCUGGACCAGAACCCGAAUGCCACUGAGUCUUCACGCCUCUACCUGGACGGUGACACCCUCAGCUUGGCAGACUGCAACUUGCUUCCCAAACUCAACAUUGUCAAGGUGGUGUGUAAGCAGUACCGCGACUUUGCCAUCCCUGCAGAGCUGAAAGGCCUGACACGUUACCUGGGUAACGCCUACAAACAAGAUGAGUUUCGUUACACAUGCCCAAAGGACUCAGAGAUCCUCAUUGCCUACCACUCUGUGGCAAAGUACCUGAACAAAUAGAUCAAGAGGGAGAGAUGAAGAUGAAUAAAAUGAGACAGAGAACAAAGAAGAAUAAAAUGAGAAAUGCAGAGAACGACAGAGAAAAGCUGAAAACUACAUGAUUUAUUGUACAUGAUUGAGCCUGGCUAAUGAAAAUUGUUUGCAAUGGUAUGAUCAAUAAUAAAAAGUUGCUUAAGUUGUAUUUGUAUACUGUAUAUACUGUAUUGUAUGCUGUGAUUGUACUGAUGUGGAUUUGUUAUUCAGCCCCAGUAAGAGUUAUAAAAAGCACUGUAAAUCCAAGAAAAUAUUUAUUUUAUCCCAUUAUACAUGCAUGUAUGUGUCUAAGUAUUUACAUAAUUCAUUUUUUACAUAAAAUCAGAUACAACUUCAAAUCAAAUAUUUGACAUGUUCAGAAAGUUGUUAAAAUAAACAUAAAACACAGUUGGCAUUGGCUGUAGAUAAAGCAGACUUGAAAGCUGUUAAAGUGUCUUUUAAUGAUAAUAAACAAACGAGGAACAUUGCUCCUCUUAGUGAAAAUUAAAACACCCCUUUGCAUAAUUAUAAUAAUAUAUAUCAUAUAAUAUAAUAUAAUAUAUAAUAAAGAUCGUCCUCCUAAUGAUUUUCUGAAAAUAAAUUAUGUAUCUCAGUCAUGUUUAACUUUGACAUACAUUUAAUUUAACUGAGUGAAGAUGUUUUGAUAUUCAAUAUUAAAGGCUAUGUGAAAAUA